AUGGAAGCCAAUCCUGUUACUGAAAUGAUUUUGGCAUUCACUCUAAAGGCUGUUUUGAUAGAGCCAAUUUCCAACACCUCGACUUUUAAGACAAAAUGUGUCAAUGGCUACAUAGCUUACAUACGAGAGAAAUUGGAUACAUUGGGAGAAGGACGAACAAGUAUUUCUCCUUAUGACACAGCAUGGAUUGCACUUGUUAAAAACCUCGAUGGACUUGAUCUUCCCCAAUUUCCAUCAAGUGUUGAAUGGAUUGCCAACAAUCAACUCUCUGAUGGCUCAUGGGGCGAUGAACAUUUUUUCUUAGCAUAUGAUCGGCUACUCAAUACGCUAGCAUAUGUAGUAGCAUUGAGACCAUGGAACGUUCAUGCCCGAAAGAUUGACAAAGAAGAGAUUUAUUCUUCAAGAGAUCAGAAAAUGAAAAGGAUACCUAAAGACCUCAUGCACAAAUUACCAACAUCUCUACUUUUUAGCUUGGAAGGAUUCCAAGAUUUGGACUGGAAAAAACUUUUGAAGCUGCAAACUCCACUGGGUUCAUUUUUAACUUCUCCAUCCUCUACAGCCUUCGCACUAAUGGAGACUAAAGAAGACAAUUGUUUCAGAUAUUUGGAUGAUAUUGUACACAAGUUUAAUGGAGGAGCUGAUUUAUUCGCUCGACUUUGGGCCAUUGAUCGACUACAACGCUUGGGAAUUUCCCGCUUUUUCGAGUCACAAAUUAAUGACUUUUUAAAUUAUGUCUACAGUGCAAGAUAUUUAAGAUUUUGUGAUAUUGAUGACACAUCCAUGGCUUUCAGACUUCUAAGACUUCAUGGAUUUAGCGUUAACCCCGGUAGGGUUAGCUUCUCCACCCCUACCAUAAGAACAGGGCUGGAAUUGCCAUGGUAUGCUGAUCUACCUCGGAUUGAGGCUAGGUUCUACAUUGAGCAAUAUGGUAGUGAAACUGAUGUAUGGAUAGGAAAGACUUUGUACAGGAUGCCAGAUAUCAGUAACAAUGUGUAUCUUAAUCUUGCCAAAUUAGAUUACAAUAUAUGCCAGGCACAACAUGAAACUGAAUGGAAUGAACUUCAAGGGUAG